AUGCCUGACCAGCCGGCCAGCACCGAAGCUCGCGAGCUCUCUUUGAUCUCAAACGUCGAGUUUCGAAUUGCUUUGGCAGACUCGGACGAGAAGCUCCAGUCUCUGCUGCAAAAGUAUCUGGCUCCAUUGCUUUUGAAGCUAGCAUCUGAACAUGUUGCCGUGCGCAAUAAAAUCCUCGAGCUCUGUUAUCAUAUCGACACGCGUAUCCAGCCUCUUACAAUUGACCUCCCUCUCCCAGCCCUGCUGAAGCAGUUUAAAGAUGUACAGGCUCCGAUUGUGAAACAUUACGAUUUACAUUACAUUAAACUGGCGUUAGAUCGCCUAAGCCCAGUUCAGCGGGCAGAAGUCUUCCCCGAGUUGGUGCGCGGUGUCUCACGGCUCCAAAGCGAUCUUGCAGACGCCGCUCGUGCUUUUAAUCUCAUUCUGAAGUGCUUAUCAGCCUUGAAGCUUCCUGUCAAGGGCAGCGAACAGGACCUGUCAUUUCGCCAGGACCUAGGACUCUCGGACGAGGACGCCCGCUUUUUAUCACCAUUGGGAUUGGGAAUCUCAUGUUGCCUGAUCCCCCGCAGAAAUGCUCCCUUCGACGAAACAUGGAAACUCUUCAACGCCUGGGGGUCUCAACCCUGGCUGACACAAAAAGUCGCCGCCCUCGGUUUUCUCCGAAGCGGAGCAUUCAUCGAGAAUGAGCGGUUUAUCCCAGCUCUAAUCGCGAGUGCUGAUUCAAAUCGAAACAUUUCUACGAUUGGUGAUGAUAUCCUUAAGCGAUGCCAGCCGGACCUCGAAGAUAGAACACUUCUGGACCGCAUCUAUGACAUAUACGAAAGAGUCACUGAGCCGGAAACCAUCACUAUAAUCCGCCCAGCUCUACAGAUCAAAAUACUUAGUGUUUUGUGCAAAUCGGCUGCAGCCGCUGCAGAAACCGACCGUAUUAACAGGAUUUUUAAAAAUGAGAUCUAUACACUAGUAGUCACGUCGCGAUCAGGGCUGGAGGGCUUUAAACUUCGCACUCAGCUGCUCCAUUUCGCUGCAUGGAUCGCUCGAGUCAGCCCAUCGGCUACAGUUUUGGCACCAAGGAUCAUUCGGCGCUUGAGACACACUAUCGAGGUUCUAGGCUGGCCUGCCCUCCGAAGCAAAGGUAACUCCGCUGAGCAAAAGCUCAGGAGCCUUACUUACGAGACUAUCGGUAGUCUGGCUUCAAAAAUCGAUCAUGCUUCUGACGAAGGUGGAAAUACCAGCUAUGAGCUCAUCAAGUGGCUCUUCGCCGCUCUCAGCUCAGAUACAUCGAGUAAUGAGAUAUCCGUUAGUAUUGACCAAGCAUUGGGUAAUAUAAUGAACUCGGCCACACGAAGAUUGGGAGACCCUAUAAUAAACCGGCUUCGGAAGCUUCUGCUACACUACAUGCUUGCAAAUCCCGGUGAGACAGAUUAUCGGACCGAAUUCAAAAUUCAGAGGACUCCAAAAUAUGCAGCACUUCGUUUUGCAAAUCGAUGUCUGCCGUUUAGCGAUAUCAACGGCCGCUGGAUCAAUAUUAUCGCCAUCGAAGCGGACCAAGACCUUAAGCUCGUAGAGGAAGGAAGAAAGGGCCUUAGCCCAUAUUGGUACCGCGUCCUCAAUCCGCCGGACGUUGUUAAUCCCACGGCGCCAUCAGCGAUGGCCGAUUCAGAUAGUUUCUAUCAAUUUCCAAAAUUCUCGGAGCUGAUGGAUUCAGGAUUCGGGUCUGCUAGCUCUGCAAAACCCAAGCUUAAGAAUCUCCGCAAUGCAUAUCCUACGGUGGUAACAUUCCUUCGGAACGUUUUACUCUGCGAAGCAUUUUCAUUCUCUGGGCUCGUGGUUGACACCGCGCAACCACAUUGGGAAGAACAACUAGAUACCAUGAUAUCAGGGAAUGAAUCCGCACGCGAGGCGGUGCGAAAAUACCUUCAGCACUUACAGCCCGAACUAGUCAAGCAGUUUUUGAUCGUUUGUAUGAGGGGACAAAUGCUUAAUAUGCAGAAACCCCUUGGCAGAACAGUCGAACAUUUCGUGGAAAUCUCUUCUCUUACAUCCACCGCUAUCUUAGACUCUCUGGCUCCAUUUGGGGUUGUUGCUAAUGUUGAAGCCGCUCGACCUAGUGACCAAGACUUGAUGGCACGUGGGUUUGGAAUAAUGCAAUCCCUCCCAAGCUGGACGGGAGAAGCCCGGCAGAGAUCCAUCGACCAGCUUAUGACCGCCGCUCUGUCCUGGCGGAACGCCGUGGGUCAGGCUGUGCAUAAAGUCCGCGGAACAAUCCUAAUGCUGGUUUACCUUUUAACUCGUUUAUCAUAUCGUGGACUCAAACAAGACAUUCCAGUCCCUCCUACACAACAGCUUAAUGAGAUUCUGUUUGAGAUUCUUGAGCAUUCAAGGGAUUCAACUCUUCGCGAUACAGCAGUGUCAUGCUUGGGCCAAAUGAGCCUGGGUGGACUUCUGGUGCCUGAGUUUCUAACUGAAACCGUUGGUCUGGAGAAGUUACUGGAAAAUGUUGUUGAGGAAGCGAAAAAAGGAAAGGAACCAGCGAUAUUGGCUUUGGGCCAUCUAUCUUUAACAUUUCCAAAAGAGGCGGAGGAUUCGUCUAGCCUGUUCGACCGACUUUUGAAAUCAAUGUAUGAUUUGCACGAGAUUCGUGGUCUCGAGGUGCAGCUUACGGUUGGAGAAGCGCUAAGCGUUGUUUCUGUUGGCUGGGGUUCCAAAUCCUUACUUACCGCGUUUGAUGUAGACGCGCAACGACCGCAGCCUGAUAUCUCACCAAAUGUUUUAUGCGAUAUGCUUGAGAAGAUACUUGUCGACUGCAAAGCGUCUAAACCGUCCUUGAAAAGAGCUUCUGCCAUAUGGCUUCUAAGCCUAGUUCAAUAUUGCGGGCAUUGCCAGGAGGUCCAAGACCGCCUACGACAAUGCCAGUCAGCUUUUAUUUGGCUGUUAUCCGAUCGUGAUGACAUGGUGCAAGAAACAGCUUCCCGUGGAUUGAGCUUUGUCUAUGAAAUGGGGAGCCAGGAAUUGAAAAAUGAUUUGGUGCGUGAUCUAGUGCGGUCGUUCACUGCUGAGGAUUCAAAUCUAGGAGGUGGAAAGGUCUCUGUCGAUACCCAGUUAUUUGAACCUGGAGCAUUACCUACGGGGGACGGGUCCGUAACGACCUACAAAGACAUUGUAGGUUUGGCAUCAGAAGUUGGUGACCCCAGUCUUGUGUACCGCUUCAUGUCAUUGGCAUCGAACAACAGUGUCUGGGCGAGUCGCGCGGCUUUUGGUCGAUUUGGUCUUAGCAAUGUUCUCUCCGAUUCAAGCGUGAACGGAUACCUUGCGCAGAACCCUAAAAUCUACCCCAAGUUAUACCGCUAUAGGUUCGAUCCAAAUCCUAAUGUACAAAGGUCCAUGAAUGAUAUAUGGAAUGCUUUAGUAAAGGAUUCGAACCUGACUAUUAAUUCCAAUUUCGAUGGUAUUAUGGAAGAUUUAUUGACAAAUAUUCUUGCCGGAAAGGAGUGGAGGGUUAGACAAGCCUGCUGUGCAGCUAUUGCAGACUUGAUCCAGGGCCGACCUAUUGAAAAGUACGAGAAAUUCCUCGGUGAUAUCCUAAAUAAAGCCUUUAAAGUUCUGGAUGAUAUCAAAUCGACUGUUCGCGAAGAGGCCUUUAAACUAUGUCAGGCACUCAGUAAUGUCCUUUUACGGGCGCUCGAAGAAGGGACGGGUCAGUCGAAGAAAUCUCAACUGAUGCUUCAACACAUCAUUCCGUUUUUACUCCAAAACGGCAUGGAAUCUAGCGUUCAGGAAGUCCAGGCUUACUCUAUCAUGAUGAUGACUACUCUUGUUAAAAAUUGUCCCGCAACAGCGUUACGACCGUUUGUUGCGGACAUUUUGGAGAAGUUUCUUACGUCUUUGAGCUCUGUAGAGCCGCAAGCAGUGAACUACAUACAUCUAAAUGCGGACAAAUACGGACUCACCGGGCAGCAAAUCGAUAAAAUGAGAUUGUCAGCCAUCCGCAGUUCGCCCAUGAUGGAGUCGGUGGAGCUGCACUUGCUUGACACCCUCGACGAAGAGAGCAUGAAAGAGGUUGCAUCAAAAUUAGAGCAUGUACUCCGAUCCGCAAUCGGACUACCGUCCAAAGUCGGCUGCAGCCGAGUUCUUGUGAUUCUAAGUUCCAAAACGAUAAUCUUCCAGCCCUACGCGGAUCGGUUCAUUCAACUUACGAGAAAACACGUCCUAGACCGCAACGACACGGUGAGUGCGUCGUAUAGCAAUGCUAUUGGGUAUAUGAUGCGGCUAGCAAGCGACGACGAAAUGUUGAAAACCAUUGCGUAUGCUCAGAAAUUAUAUUUUGGUUCGGAAGAUAGAUCGCACCGGGUGGUCGCUGCUGAACUUUCAAAUUCGAUGUCAAAGUUCGCCAACGAUAAGGUGAACAGGGUCGCUGCGACCUUCUUGCCUUUUCUGUUUGUUGGUAUGCAUGAUACGGACAGCGAGGUGAAAAGGUUUUUCGCCAAAGCAUGGAAUGAUAACGUGAGCGGAUCUCGUGUAAUAUUGUUAUAUCUAAAGGAAAUCCUGGAAAUGGUGUCCACCCAGCUGGACUCGCCGCAGUGGGCGAUCAAGCAUGCCUCAGCGCUCGGUGUUGCUAGAGUCGUGGCAUCGUUGGAUAAAGAGUGUGAUGCAACUACAGCAAUGGCGGUUUGGCCAAGUCUAGAAAAGGCACUGACUGGGAAAUCAUGGGAAGGGAAAGAAAAGGUCUUGCGGGCUAUGGUACAGUUUGCAACUUGCACGAAGUCAUGUUUAGAAGAACUAGGUGACGUGAAGAGCCAGAUGAAGGUGAUCGCCAUACGAGAAGCGAAACGAAACAAUGUCGCAUAUCGGCCGCAUGCUUUUAAAUGCUUGGGCGAACUUUCGACCCUCGUUGACGGUUUAGAGCUGGCACCCGCCGCAAUCAGAGUGGUAACUGAGGUUGUGGAAGAUAUUGCCGAUAAGUCCGAAGACAAGAUGGAUAUUGAUACCCCUGGUAGAUCGUCAAAGGCGGAAGCGGAGACGUUCGCUGCGUCUGUUGAGUGCCUACUGAACUGUCUGGAUCCGACGGUACCGUAUGCGGCUUUAGGCGAACAUAUUUCCCAAUCCGUUUCCCUAAUCGAGAUGGCAGUGACGCGAGACGGGAACUCCACUCAUAGCGCCUUAUAUAAAGCGCUGAAGGGAUUUUUUGACCGGCUCUCUGCUCUACCGGCGGAUUCUAUCAAGGAUUGCGAAAACGCAUCUGCAGCCCUAGCUGAUCGACUGCUGUUCCGUGACAUGGAAGGCUUGGUGGAGGCUGCAAGAGUUCAACGCGCCCAAGCGGUCGAAUCUUUUGCCACUCUCUGUGAACAGGGGGAUACUCAAUGUCGGCCUAAGUGGAAAGAAACGGUGGCGGCAUGGCAUGCAGCAGAACGGUCGGGGCAGGUCCAAACAAUUCUGAGCAGAGUUGUUGAAAAAAUGGCAGUACUUCGUCCUCAGGGAAUUGACUAA